AGAUUAAGAUUUCAGAAGUCGAUGUUUAUAGUGGUAAACAGGUUUAUGAAACGGCUCAGAACAGAAAAAUGUCGGAGACAUUGAAAGACCUAAGUAAAUUAGAGUCACGAUUUUUAGACUAUCCGAACUUUUAUGAUAAACUAAAUGAAACUCUAGAUGAUAUUGGUGUUAACAAUGACAUGGUUCACAGGCGAAGACAAAAUGCCCUUCUAGGUGAGAAUAUUGGAACAGUAAUGGCAAUGUUGAAAGGGUAUGAUAGGCCGGUGUAUAAUUUUGGUAGUCGCUCUGAAGGUACGACAACAAUCAGUCUACAGUCAGACGCAGAUAGUCUUCACCAUGUACCAGGCAUAAAUGUGGUACAAAGUUUGCAAGAGUUUGAACCAGAAGAUACUACAAAUUACGCUAUAAAUCUCCUGAUGAUUCAAGGUGAUGAUAUUGCUCCUGGUUACUGCCAUCUUGAAGUGAUUAACGAAGAUCUCAGAUUGUCAUCCAUCGACGUUACGGAAGUAAAUGACCAUUACGUCAGAGGGAAAGAUGAUCGUAUAUACUACAAGAAUACUGUAAUGGAAGAUUUUAUGUCUGGAAAAGGUGAAAGGCAUGGGCCUGCCUGGGCCGUAGAGGGUCAAAUGGGAAUAACUGAUCAAGACACUGUUGCUGGAUUAUACUGUAAAUCUUGGCCAUACCAAGCAAGAGACUGGCUCAAUGAAAGUAAUCAAGUAAAAUGGCCAUCAGACGCACUGAAAAGAAAAUGCAUGAAAGAUGGUUGUUUUGUUGUUCCUACUGGAAGUAGUCCAGGAACAGAAUUUGAAUGGAGAAUUUCAACUUCCUUAGCGGAACGACAGCUUAUGUUUAGCCUCAAUAUAGUACAACUAAGAUGCUAUGUCCUAAUGAAAAUAUUAGUAAAAACCUUUAUAAAAGAAGGCACAAUUUCAAGCUUCAUGUGUAAAAAUGUUCUGCUACAAUGUAUAGAGAGUUCGCUGCCUUACGAAUGGAAAGAAGCCAAUCUAUCACAAUGCCUAGAUAAAUGUUUGAAGAGAUUGAGAAGGUGCGUAGAUGAAGAAAACUGUCCUCAUUUCAUGAUACCAACAAAUAAUUUGAUGGCUGGCAAAUUUUCGGAGAAGGUAAAGUCUAAUAUACUUGAAAAGUUGGGAUUCGUCAUAAGCUACACUCGUAUUGUACUAGUAAAAGCAAUAAAACUAGAUGAUCUAAGUAUAAGGUUAAGGAACAAACUCGUCUCAUCCACUGAUUCUAACUGUAUGACACCACUCCAGAUAAGGAGUUCUAUUAAAGCAGAACGCUUAUUGGACACCGCUGUAAUUUUGCGUGGAUACCAAAUAAUACAUCUCACACAUACGUGUAAGUAUUACAAAAAUACAGAAUUACAACAGGAUUUUCAAAGACGGUCUCUCAGAACUCUUGACCAACUAACAAACCAAGAAGAUGAAAAUAAAAGAGAAGUUAGCACACUUGUGUCACCGUUUCUGUCAUCAUUAUUGGGGUCUUUGCAAGCUGCUCGCGUUGAAAAGGACUCUGAUAUUUCAAAACUGCUUGAGGCAGAGGACUUGCUCAUUAAAGGAUGUGAUUCGGAUGUUUCUUCGGGCAGGCUCAAACUUGCCUCAUAUUUUUAUUGUUCAGGAAAAAUAGGAAGAACUGAAUCUAUACUGAAUGAAACUGACGGCAAGUACGAUAGAACUUUAGUUAUACCAAUUUGUAGAUGUUAUCAAGGGCCGAUGGAUACUGGAAGUAUGAACAACAUCAAGUUUCAAGAAGAGAGAAAUCUGGUUAUGAAGAAUAUAGUAGCAUAUUGUGUUAUAUUUCUCCCAGCUGAGAUUAAAUGGAUACCCAAAGAAUUGCAAUAUGAAUUGUAUCGGCUGACUGGUGACAAAGCGGGAAAGAGUGAUAAGGUAACCUGGAUGGAUUGGGCUGUCGUUGAUUCCCUCCCUUACCUUCAUUUUCUACAGUACAAAGUAAACAAACAUUUUCACGAUGAAUACGGUCUGCAGAGGGCGUUGUUAAACAUGGAACAGUCAAUUGGGAGAACACGGAACCUUUGUCAUCGAGAGACAGCAUUGAACCUGCUUGGUCAGUGUAUGGAACAGAAUAAUCAACCAAUAAAAGCUCUGGAAUGCUACUCAAAGUCAUUGAGAUUGCAACCAAGAAACAAUGCAGCGAAAGUGCUCAUUUGUAUUUGCCUCGCAAGACUGUUUCAGAAUAAAAAAGAUGAAGUCACAAAAACAAUAUAUCAGAGACAACGGAAAAUGGAGCAGAACUAAUAGAUUUGAAGACUGGCGCAUCACAAUAUUUCUACAUGUACACAUAAUUAUCAAAACGAUGUCGAUUGAACAAUUAAUAAGAAACUGGUAAAAUAUGAUUCAAAUAAUGGUUUUGUUGUUAAUACACAUAUAUAAUAUACUGUUUGGCUGUUCUACAGUAAAAUAUCUGUACGGUAUGGUACAUGUUUAUGGAGAAUGGCAUAAAAAGAAACAAAUUUAUUCUUCACUGCAUCGACCCUGCGUUAUUGUUUAAGGUAAUGAUGCAUUUAUUCAAGGCGGUAAGGAUGUUGUCAAACUUGUACUAUUUGAUCUACAAAACUGAUCAACUGAAUGAACCAAAUACCGAACAAAGGUAUUGUUUUUCUAGAAACGUUGUGUCUAAUCCGCGCCUAAAAUGACAGACGAAAUAACUCUAAUUUUACCCCGAUGUAAAUGCACUGCAAAAUCUAUUCAUAUUGCUUAUUCAUAUUCAUGGUUAAUGUCCUCGGAAGACCCUAGAGUCUUGAAUGUCUUUUCGAAAUACUUACUCGAAAUUUAUAAUAAAAGAAAUCUUAAGUUAGGUAGUACUAGAAGUAAUAAAACUUUGUCAGACCAUUGAAUGUAUGUUAUUGAAUUUGAAUAUCGAAUGAGUAAUAAGUGUUU